AACUUCACGAUGCUAUUCAUUUGGUUUUUUUUAUUCUCCUUCAUGACUAGAACUUCCACAUCAUUGGACCGUUUAGAAGUGAAUCAAUCUAUCCGAGAUGGUGAAACUUUGGUUUCUGCUGGUGGAAUUAUUGAAGUGGGUUUUCUUCAGUCCCGGAAAUUCAACAAGAAGAUACUUUGGUGUAUGGUACAAAAAUGUAUCUCCUUUGACAGUGGUGUGGGUGGCUAACCGAAAUACACCUCUUGAGAAUAAAUCAGGAGUUCUAAAACUCAACGAAAAAGGGAUUAUUGUGCUUCUAAAUGCUACAAACAGCACCCUUUGGUCAUCAUCCAACAUAUCAAGCAAAGCAAGGAAUAAUGCAACUGCUCAUCUCUUGGAUUCGGGAAAUUUUGUAGUGAAACAUGGACACAAAACUAACAGUGUCUUGUGGCAGAGUUUUGAUUAUCCGGGUAAUACAUUGAUGCAAGGGAUGAAACUUGGAUGGGACUUGGAGACUGGUUUAGAAAGAUCAAUAUCAUCUUGGAAAAGCGUUGAGGAUCCAGCUGAGGGAGAAUAUGUUAUAAGAAUUGAUCUCAGAGGAUAUCCUCAAAUGAUUGAAUUCAAGGGAUUUGAUAUUAUAUUUAGAUCAGGAUCGUGGAAUGGCUUGUCUACAGUUGGAUAUCCAGCUCCAGUUAAUCUAUCAUUGCCUAAAUUUGUGUUCAAUGAAAAAGAGGUGUAUUAUGAGUUCGAGAUUCUUGAUAGUUCAGUCUUCGCCAUAUUUACGCUGGCCCCUUCAGGCGCUGGGCAGAGAAUUUUUUGGACAACUCAAACUACCACCCGGCAAGUCAUCUCAACUCAGGCACAGGAUCAAUGCGAGAUUUAUGCCUUUUGUGGUGCAAAUUCUAUAUGCAGUUAUGUUGAUAACCAAGCAACUUGUGAAUGCCUGAGAGGAUAUGUUCCCAAGUCUCCUGAUCAAUGGAAUAUAGCAAUUUGGUUGGGUGGUUGUGUUCAGAAGAAUAUAUCAAAUUGCGAAAUCAGGUAUACAGAUGGAUUCUUGAAGUACAGACACAUGAAAUUGCCAGACACAUCUUCAUCAUGGUUUAAUAAAACCAUGAACCUUGGUGAAUGUCAGAAGUCAUGUCUUAAAAAUUGUUCCUGUACAGCAUAUGCAAAUUUAGAUAUCCGUAAUGGAGGAAGUGGCUGUCUACUUUGGUUUAAUAUUCUAGUUGACAUGAGGAAUUUCUCUCUAUGGGGACAAGACUUUUAUAUCAGAGUCCCUGCUUCAGAAUUAGAUGACACUGGCAACAGAAAAAUCAAGAAAAAGAUAGUAGGAAUCACCGUUGGUGUGACCACUUUUGGAUUAAUCAUCACAUGUUUAUGCAUAUUUAUGGUUAAAAAUCCAGGGGCUGUAAGAAAAUUUUACAACAAGCAUUACAACAAUAUAAAGAGAAUGCAAGACUUGGAUUUGCCAACUUUCAAUUUGUCAGUCUUAACUAAGGCCACUCGAAACUUUUCUUCUGAAAACAAGCUUGGAGAAGGUGGCUUUGGACCAGUAUACAAGGGCACACUGAUAGAUGGGAAAGAGAUAGCUGUGAAAAGGCUUUCAAAGAAAUCUGUACAAGGGUUGGAUGAGUUCAAAAAUGAAGUGGCAUUGAUUGCAAAACUUCAGCAUCGUAAUCUUGUAAAGCUUCUUGGUUGCUGCAUUGAAGGAGAAGAAAAAAUGUUGAUUUAUGAGUACAUGCCAAACCAAAGCUUGGACUAUUUUGUUUUUGAUGAAACCAAAAGGAAGUUCCUAGAUUGGGGUAAACGUUUCAAUAUUAUUAUUGGCAUUGCUCGAGGACUUCUAUAUCUUCAUCAGGACUCUAGGCUAAGGAUUAUUCACAGAGAUCUAAAAACUAGCAAUAUUUUACUAGAUGAAAAUUUGGAUCCCAAAAUAUCCGACUUUGGCUUGGCUCGAUCAUUUUUGGGAGAUCAAGUUGAGGCAAACACAAAUAGGGUGGCUGGAACAUAUGGUUACAUGCCUCCUGAGUACGCUGCGCGUGGGCAUUUCUCAGUGAAAUCAGAUGUUUUUAGUUAUGGUGUGAUAGUAUUAGAGAUUGUAAGUGGGAAGAAAAACAGAGAAUUUUCAGAUCCAGAACACUACAAUAAUCUUCUUGGACAUGCAUGGAGAUUGUGGACUGAACAGAGGUCAUUGGAUCUACUGGAUGAAGUGUUGGGAGAACCAUGCACGCCCUUUGAAGUCAUACGAUGCAUACAGGUAGGCCUAUUAUGCGUGCAACAAAGAUCAGAAGAUAGGCCAGACAUGUCAUCAGUGGUUUUAAUGUUGAAUUGUGAUAAAGAAUUACCAAAGCCAAAGGUACCUGGUUUUUACACUGAAACUGAUGCUAAACCAGAUGCAAAUUCUUCAUUUGCAAAUCACAAACCAUACUCAGUUAAUGAACUUUCAAUCACAAUGUUAGAUGCAAGAUAGAAAAUAGAAGCAAGAAAAUGUUAAGGCUUCACCUUCCAAUGUGGGAUAUGUCGGUUAUUUGAUCAUACAUAAUUAGUAAAAUUUCUAUGUGAGCUCCUGCUUUAUAUUUGUUUCAUGUAUUCAAGCAGAUGUGUGGGAUAAACAAAGUGUAAUAUAAAGACAAGAAUUAUUAAUUGUUAUUUGCAAUUGAUUGAGGAAGCUUCCACAUGGAACAGUUUA